AUGCCUGAGGUCCCGUGUCCACGACGCAAUGGCGCAAUCAACGACCCAGUCACCCUUAAACCCGCAUCCACAUCCGGGUGCAAACCGCCUGGACGCGAUGUCAUCUUCAUCGACCUGACGCGGGACGACGAUAGCACUAAGCUCUACACAUUUCAGAAUGGGAGUGGCAGCGUAUGUGCCGACCUGUUCGGCAGCGCCGACAAAGAGAAGAUCCUACAGGCAUUCGAGCUCUCGCUAGAGAAGACCAGCUUCGAGCCCGAGAAGACCUAG